AUGACCCGCAUAGAACUACAGCAGCUGUGCAAGAAACAUGGCUUAAAGGAAGGGAAUAAGAGAAAUAUUGAUAUAGUAAAAGCUCUGCGUCCUUUCGCUAGUGAUCAUACAGACUCGUCCGCGAGCAGUAGUGCCCGUUCGGUUUUUAACAGAGAACCAACAAGAUUAGUCAAUCAACACAAACGUCUGCGGGUUGCUAAUCCAGAUGAGACAGAGACCGAGAUCGGUCGUUGGCUAAAGAGCAAGGGACUUGCCGAUAUCGUACCUAUAUUUGCUCGAGAGGGAUUGUUACGCGACUGGCAAUUACUAGAACGUUUAAGGUUCGAUCACAUAAAAGCAAUGGGUCUGUCAACUGCUUCUUGUAUACAAUUAGAGAUUGCAUUAGAUGAGAAAUUUGGGCGUCAGCAUACAGAUCCGCGUUUGAAUAUCUCUACAAUCGCCAACUCUGUUUCUAAAGCUGAAGCAGAACUAAGUGAUCUCAGAAUUUCGCUCGGGUUUCUAAAACAAGAUAUUCGAGAAGUAAAGAACACUGUGCAGAAAUCAGACGAGAAUUAG